CCGGUCGCGGCGCCGCGACCCGCACACCCCACGCCGUGCUCGCCGGCUCCCACGCCCCCGCGCCGCGCGCCCGAUCCGUGCGCUCCGAAGACCCCCCCCCCCCCAACCGGGCGGCCGCCGUUGGCGAUGCUGCAAGAAACUUCUUAAAUGACCGCGUCCCGCUGCUCCGCCGAGCGUUUCUGGGUUGGGGAGAGGAAAGGAAAGUGGAAAAAAACUGAGAACUUCCUGAUCCCUCUCGCUGUGAGACAUGUCUGAGACUCCUGCUCAGUGUAGCAUUAAGCAGGAACGAAUUUCAUAUACACCUCCGGAGAGUCCAGUGGCCAGCUACAGGUCCUCAACUCCGCUUCAUGUUCCAGUGCCUCGAGCGCUCAGGAUGGAGGAAGACUCGAUCCACCUGCCAGCGCACCUGCGCUUGCAGCCGAUUUACUGGAGCAGAGAUGACGUAGCCCAGUGGCUCAAGUGGGCGGAAAACGAGUUUUCUUUAAGGCCCAUCGAGAGCAACACGUUCGAAAUGAACGGCAAGGCGCUCCUGCUGCUGACCAAAGAGGAUUUCCGCUACCGAUCUCCUCAUUCAGGCGAUGUGCUCUAUGAGCUCCUCCAGCACAUUCUGAAGCAGAGGAAACCUCGCAUUCUCUUCUCACCUUUCUUCCACCCUGGGAACUCUAUCCACACCAAGCCGGAGGUCCUACUGCAUCAGAACCAUGAAGAAGAUAACUGUGUCCAGAGGACGCCCAGGCCACCUGCAGAGAGUGUUCACCACAACCCUCCCACCAUUGAACUCUUACAUCGCCCUAGGUCACCCAUCACCACAAACCACAGGCCUUCUCCUGACCCCGAGCAGCGGCCCCUGAGGUCCCCUCUGGACAACAUGAUCCGUCGCCUCUCUCCAGCUGAGAGGGCUCAGGGUCCAAGGCUCCAGCAGGAAAAUAACCACCAGGAGUCGUACCCCCUGUCAGUGUCUCCUAUGGAGAAUAAUCACUGCCCAGCAUCCUCGGAGUCCAACCCGAAGCCCUCCAGCCCCUGGCAGGAGAGCACACGAGUGAUCCAGCUGAUGCCCAGCCCCAUCAUGCACCCUUUGAUCCUGAACCCCCGGCACUCGGUAGAUUUCAAACAGUCCCGGCUCUCCGAAGAUGGGAUGCAUAGGGAAGGGAAACCCAUCAACCUGUCUCAUCGGGAGGACCUGGCUUACAUGAACCACAUCAUGGUCUCUGUGUCCCCGCCUGAAGAGCACGCCAUGCCCAUCGGGAGAAUAGCGGACUGUAGACUGCUUUGGGAUUACGUCUAUCAGUUGCUCUCUGACAGCCGGUACGAAAACUUCAUCCGAUGGGAAGACAAGGAAUCCAAAAUAUUCCGGAUAGUGGAUCCCAACGGACUGGCUCGCCUGUGGGGAAACCAUAAGAACAGAACAAACAUGACCUAUGAGAAAAUGUCCAGAGCCCUGCGCCACUACUACAAGCUAAACAUUAUCAGGAAGGAGCCCGGACAAAGGCUUUUGUUCAGGUUCAUGAAAACCCCAGACGAAAUCAUGAGUGGCCGGACAGACCGUCUAGAGCACCUCGAGUCUCAGGAGCUGGAUGAGCAAUCGUACCAGGAGGACGAAUGCUAAGGACCCACCACGGCCUCACCGGCUGGCCAAGAAGACACCUGCCCACGGGGACCGCUGGAGGCGUGCUGGAGCAGGCGGACUGAGGAUGGCUAAGAAAGAAGAGGCCCAGGAACGGCAGGAAUGCUUCUCUUCCAGACUGAGAGGGACCCAGAGCACCUUAGACAAACCACCCAGCAACGGCGGGGCUGGAAUUCUGGCGGAAGGGCACAAGCCUGAGACUCACAUGUCACAUUUGCGUCUCCUUCGGACCUCUUGUCCUUAGCACCUCACCCUCACCCUGCACCUGUUGUUAGUCUCACGGUGUUUCUGUUUCUGUUUUUGGAUUUUUUUUUCUUUAUUUUUUUUUAAGAACAUGCAGUUUGACUAUUCAUCGUUCAUACAGGGGAAGACAUCACAUGUUGUUUUCCUAUGGAAAUAUAUCUAUUAUAUAUAUUAUUUUUUAUGCAAAUCUCACAAAGUACGGCCAGCUCAGCUGGUCAGGAAAGAGACUUGCAGAAGGGAUCAGGCUCCUCUUCCUCCUGCCACAUGGAGCAGGUUUGUCCUGUUGCAGUUGGGUCUUGGAUGAGAAAAAGGGAGAGAUACUUUCAAAAAAAAUGAAAGAGAAAGUU